AGAGCUGCCUGCUUUUGGGGAGCACUAAGAAGGUUGAAGCUCCAACGUACAAACUAUCACCACGAAUAUCAACCAUCGACAACACCAACUCUCGUCUAUCAUUUCCGCGGUACUUGCCGGAUUACCCGUCGCCAACAUCAUUUCUGGCAUCGAAAAAUAAGAUUCUCGACUGUCAUCAAUUCGGCCUUUUGAUCAUCCUUCAGACUCACUCCCCUGGACAGUCGGACGAGUCUACCUGAACCCAACAGCCGAUAUGGACAGUCUGGUUUCCAGAUACAGCCGUCCGGCCUACGAGGAAAACGAGGUCGCCUUUCGCGAUGAAGAACAACAGGAUCUGGAGCUCAUGGGCGCUGCCCCUCCUUUGUCUCUGAAGUUUGCCAUGCCCCCGAUAGCACAGCCCUCCUCUUGGCUCCGCGCCGCGACAGACGACCGCUCCAACCCGGACUGCCCCAUCAAGAUCGCCCACGGCACCACGACGCUCGCCUUCCGCUUCCAGGGCGGCAUCAUCGUAGCCACCGACUCCCGCGCCACCGCCGGCAACUGGAUCGCCUCGCAGACGGUCAAGAAGGUCAUCGAGAUCAACUCGGUCCUCCUCGGCACCAUGGCCGGCGGCGCCGCCGACUGCCAGUACUGGCUCGCCUGGCUGGGCAUGCAGUGCCGCCUGCACGAGCUGCGCCACAAGCGCCGCAUCUCCGUCGCCGCCGCCUCCAAGAUCCUCGCCAACCUCGUCUACAACUACAAGGGCAUGGGCCUCAGCAUGGGCACCAUGUGCGCCGGCGUCACCAAGGAGGAAGGCCCCGCCCUCUACUACGUCGACUCGGACGGCACCCGCCUUGCGGGCAACCUCUUCUGCGUCGGCUCCGGUCAGACGUUCGCCUACGGCGUGCUGGACGCCGAGUACCGCUACGACCUCAGCGAUGAGGAGGCCGUCGAGCUGGGACGUCGGAGCAUCCUCGCCGCUACCCACCGUGACGCCUACUCUGGCGGUUUCAUCAACCUUUACCACGUCAAGGAGGCCGGAUGGGUCAAGCUUGGCUUCGAGGACACCAACCCCAUCUUCUGGAAGACGAAGCUAGAGAAGGGCGAAUUCACCAAUGUGACUGCGGACCUAAACUAGGGAGGGCAGCAUGCAGGUAGAGGCAGGGCCAGAGGCAGAGGGGAGCCAAAAGACGGACUGAUAGGGCGCGAGUGCAACAAAAGAUAUUGGUGCUUCUUGUACCUUGUAAAUUACAAUUAUGUGCCCCGAUAAACCGAACAUCAUGGGGGUCUUGCCCAGUUUCUAUCGUACAGGUUGCUCCGUGUG